GACGGGGCGCUGACAGACGACAACCUCAGCCUGCCCGGACGCGUACCCCAGGGUGGUUGGGCAGAGCAGGAAGUGACACGUGUGGAGCCCGCAGGAAGCCAGCGGCGUUGUUGUUCAGGAGAUAAAGGGACCGGUGGAGGUGGGUGCAGGCGGGAUCUGUGGAAAUAAAACUGAGACGCAGAGGCGGAUCAGGCGGCUAGCUGGACGGCCAUGACGGGGUCCUCGCUGCGCCCCGUUCCGCUGCUCUGUCUGGCGGUCCUGGGCUACCUGUCCCAGGCGCGCGCGGGUCCCAAGGCUCCAAAAAACCCGGGUCCCGCCCGGCGGCAGGGCCCCGCCCGCCGGCCGCACCUGGUCUUCAUCAUGGUGGACGACCAGGGCUACAACGACGUGGGCUACCACGGCUCGCAGAUCCGCACGCCCGUCCUGGACCGGCUGGCCCGCAGAGGGGUCCGGCUGGAGAACUACUACGUCCAGCCCAUCUGCUCGCCCUCCCGCAGCCAGCUGAUGACCGGGCGGUACCAGAUCCACACGGGCCUCCAGCACUCCAUCAUCCGGCCGCGCCAGCCCCUGUGCCUGCCGGCGGACGUGCCCACCCUGCCCGAGCGCCUGCGCCAGGCGGGCUACGCCACCCACAUGGUGGGCAAGUGGCACCUGGGCUUCUCCCGGCGGGGCUGCCUGCCCACGGGCCGCGGGUUCCAGUCCUUCCUGGGCUCGCUGACGGGCAGCGCCGACCACUUCAGCUUCACCAACUGCGACGGCUCGGACGCCUGCGGCUUCGACCUGCACGACGGCGAGCGGCCCGCCUGGGAGCUGCGCGGGAACUACUCCACGCUGCUGUACGCGCAGAGGGCAAAGCAGAUCCUGAGGGCCCACGACCGCAAGAGGCCCCUCUUCCUGUACCUGGCCCUCCAGGCGGUGCACGCGCCCCUGCAGGCCCCCGCCCGCUUCCUGCGGCAGUACGGCUCCCUGGGCGACCGGGAGCGCCGGCGCUACGCGGCCAUGCUGAGCUGCGUGGACGAGGCGGUGGGCGCGGUGGUGCGGGAGCUGCGGGCCCGCGGCCUGUACCGCGACUCCGUCCUCGUCUACUCCUCCGACAACGGCGGCCAGCCCCUCUCCGGGGGGUGCAACUGGCCCCUGCGGGGGGGCAAGGGCACGUACUGGGAGGGGGGCGUGCGGGCGGUGGGCUUCGUCCACAGCCCCCUCCUGCAGGUCAGCAGGGCCCUGAUCCACGUCUCCGACUGGUACCCCACCCUGCUCGCGCUGGCGGGGGUGCCCGGGGAGCAGCUCCGCCGGCUGGACGGCCACGACGUGUGGGCCGCCAUCAGCGAGGGGGCGCCCUCGCCCCGCACCGAAAUCCUCUUCAACAUCGACCCGGUGUCCCGCCGGCCGGGCGGGCCCAGCCCCAGGACCCUGCGGGCCGGGUUCGGGAUCUGGGACACGGCCGUCCGCGCCGCCAUCCGGGCCGGGGACUGGAAGCUGCUGACGGGACGCGUGGGGGACGGGGACUGGGUGCCCCCCCGGACCCAGCCGGGGGGCCCCGCGGGCUGGGGCGCCCUGGAGAAGCGCACGGACCAGCGGCGCAAGUCGGUCUGGCUCUUCAACGUGACGGCCGACCCCUACGAGAGGCGCGAGCUCUCCGGCAGGAGGCCGGCCGUGGUGCGGGCGCUGCUCGCCCGGCUGGCCCGCUACAACCAGACCGCCGUGGCCCCCCGGAACCCCCCCGACGACCCCCUGGCCGACCCCCGGCUGCACGGGGGCGUGUGGAGCCCCUGGCAGGGCCGGCGCUGGAAGGGGGAGCGGCGGGACCGAGGGGCGGGGCCGAGGGGGAAGAGGAGGAGGGGCGGGACGAAGAGCUGCAAGGUGUGUAAGCUGCGGUCCCUCUACAGGAAGGAGGGGAAACGGCUCCAGAGGGCCGCCGCCUUCUUUUAGCCGGCGGGGGCGGGGCGGGCGGGGAACGGCAAGGUCACUCAGAGAGAGAGAGGUCAAAGGUCGCUUAGAGAGAGAGGUCAAAGGUCGCUCAGAGAGAGGCGUAGCACUUGCAGCUCCUGCAGGGUGAGAGGACAUUUCUCUGAUGUAAGGAACGAACUGCUGGUCACAUGGUGUGUGCUGGGCUUUCAAACUCGCUGUUUCUCUCUUACGCUAUGGCUUCCUCUAUUGUGUUCCAAACGAACAGUUGUG